AUGAAGUUCUCUGACACCAUGGAGACUGCUUACUCCAACAUCAAACAACAGGCAAUCUUUAUAGAUCAAUGUCUCGCCCAAAAUCAACUCCUACAGGCAUUCCAACACGCUACCACCAUGUUAAACGAAUUAAGAAACCCAAACUUGUCACCAAAACAGUACUACGAUUUAUACCUCUCCAUCUCCAAUGAAUUAACCAUCGCAUUACCUGCCUACCUAGUCAAGGGACAUAAAGACAAACAAUUCGAUCUCGAUGAAAUUUACGAAUACGUCCAAUACACGGGAAAUAUCCUACCAAGAUUAUACCUCAUGAUCAUUGUCGGUGUAAGCUAUUUGAAAGUGGUCCCCGCAGAUGAUAACCAUACCAUCACGGAACUACUAAAGGAUCUGAUAGAAAUGUGUCGAGGUGAACAAAAUUCCAUACAUGGACUGUUCCUUAGAUAUUUCCUCUUGCAAUCCAUUACACCCUUCCUGAACGAUUACACCACCAGGGACCUCGAUGAAAAGACCAAGAGCACGCACAAAUUGGAAUUCUUGGUGCAAUUCCUCUUGGAAAAUUUCAUAGAGAUGAAUAAAUUAUGGAUACGGUUGCAAUUCCAUGGACCCUCGAGCGAAUGGAAAAAAAGAGUCCAUCAGAGGAAAGAAUUACAAAUCUUGGUCGGUGCUCAAUUGGUAACCAUCUCACAAUUGAUAGAUUACCCAAUUUAUAACAGAUGUUUCAUAAAUGUGUUCUUGAAUCACGUCGUGCAAUGUAACGACCCCAUCUCUCAGGAAUAUUUCAUGGAUGUCGUCAUUCAAGUGUUCCCCGCGGAAUUCCAUUGGAAAACUUUGGAUAAGUUGUUGAAGGCUGCCUCCAGAUUGAAUUCAGAGGUUAAUAUUGAUACGAUAUUGUUGAACCUAAUGGAUAGAUUGAAACAAUGUGAGGAAUUCACUCAUUCUGCCAAGAACGAUAAUAAUGUAUUGUUUGAAAGAUUCGCUACGUAUUUGGAAACUUUGGUGGAAGAUGAGGACUCGAAUUUUUCAUUGAAACAAUUCAUAUUAGUAUUUAAAAAUAUAUUGAAUUUCACAUUGGUGCAUUAUCAGGGCAAUAUUCAAAACGUAAACAUGUUAUUCCAAAUCUUAUUAUUGAAAUUGCAAAAGACGGAGAAUGAUAGUUUACCCUCACAGGAUAAUAUGGUACGAAUACUGACUUUUAAAGAUUCUCCUCCGGAAUUAUUAGAAAAGAACCGUCGAAAUUUUUUAUACACACUAAUUGUUCAAUCUACUGCCUAUAAGAAACUCAUAUUUUCUUUAAAGACGGAAUCGCAACAAGUAUAUGUUGUUAGAGUCAUUCUAGACAUAUUAUUAACCGACGACGAUCCAGAAAAUAAUAAUAAAUCGAUUUUACCCAUUGAAUCCAUGGAUCAAUUGAAACGGUUAUUGACAUUAUAUAACCCCAUGUUAUCCUUUAAAACUGAAAAUCUAAGCAUGGACCUCCCAAAGAGGGAAAAAUUAUCUAAAUUAAUUCAUCUGGUAGCCAAUUCCAUUCUCCAAUCCACAUCAACUCAAUUUAAACCCAUGGAUUCUCAAAUUGAAGCUAUAUUGUUAUUGAAAAAAUGGAUAGGCAAAAAACACAACAACAUAUCCUUACUUUACCCAUCAUUAAUUUCCAAUUUUUGGAAAUUGAUUAGGAAAUGCUCCAUUCUAGCAAUAAAUCAACCUAAUGAGAACUUUCAAAAACAAUACAACGAUAAAAUUAAACGACUUUUCAAGUAUGUCUCUCAUUGUCUUAAUGACUUCAUCAUCAUUGGUAAUCCAACACCUAAUGAUCUUCAAACGGCAUACAAGUUAUCAUUACAAACUGCGUUACUAGCAUCACAAUUAUCCCAAGAUGAAAUAUCACUAAACUUCUUUUCUGAAUCUUUUAUCAUCUUGGAAGAACAUUUAGCAGGCGACUCCAAGCAUCAAUACGAUUCAUUGAUUGACAUGAUUCAAACCUUACAAUUUACCCUGGCAAAAGGUUGCAGGCCAUCACAAUAUGAAAUGCUAACUAUGAGGUGUAUUCAAAAUUGUUCCCGAUUAUUGAAAAAGCAAGAUCAAUGUCGUACAAUUUUAUUAUGUUCCCACUUAUGGUUUACCCCGGAGGCUGAUGAUUUCCAGAAUGGAAAGAAAGUCUUGGAAUGUAUCCAACGUUCUUUGAAAUUGGCAGAUUCCGUAAUGGAUAGUUUUGUUUCGUGUCAAUUAAUGAUUGAAAUAUUGGAUAAAUGUGUUUAUUACUAUGUCAAAGGCAAGGAUACGGAGAUUGUAAACCAUAUUACAACGAAAUAUGUAAAUGCAUUGAUUAAAUUGGUGGGUCAGAAUUUGAACAGCUUAAGAGCUGAACAACAGGAUAUAGAGGGUGAAGAAGAACAAGAACAAGAAGAGAAAGAUGCUGAGCAGGAAGAAACAGUCAAUGUAUCCAGUGAUGGAUUGUUCCUGAAGACGGAUACCACUGAGAUGGUUUCUCGAGUCAUACCGAUUACAGACUACGAAGACCAUACGAGUGGUAUCCUGAAUGCAACAAUUGGCUCCUUUGUCAGGAUUUGUGCCUACAUCGGGAACCAGGACCCCUUGGUCUCGGAACUUCAACAACUAAUAAUAUGA